AUGGCCCCAGCGAAUGACCAACGGCGUAUUGGACGCAUAGGAAACGUUAGAGCGAAGUCCGUGGCUGAUGGGAAUCAUAAUAUCCCGCAAAACACACCACAGUGGCAAAAGGCGCAACCACCAUCCGGGCGCCCCGGCCACAACCCGCCGCGCCGCCGCGCUCCGAGCUUCCCGCUCGACCAGCACUACAACUCGCCCGUCCGGCAACACACCUGGAAUAGCAAGCGGCGGGAGUGGACACGCGAGGCGCUCGACCGUGAGCGCACCGAGUUCUUCGAGACCCGCGUCACGGGGCGCCCCGAGGUCUGGGCGGCGCUGGCCACGGCCAUUACGCUGAUCCGGGACAACGAUCUCGCUACGGCGCAGGUCAUUCUUGAUGCGGCCGGCGGUGUUUUGUACCGGUUGCCGCAGUGCAUUGUGAGCGAUCCGGGGAAUAUGGUUGCGAGUGAGAUUACAGAAGAGCAUGGCCGGGAAGGAGAGGAGGACGAAGAGGAAGGGGUUGGUUUAGACGGGAAGAUCGGAUCGGGGGAUGAGUCGGAGGACGAGUUGAUUGCGCAGGAUCUGGAGAGGAGGCGCGAGGAGAAGGGCAAGACAAGCGAGAGGGAUUUGAUCCGUGUUGCGGCGCGGUUGAGUGAUCGAGCGGCGGAUCUGAGUGUGUUGGUGAAUAAGAGUCAGAGCGUGGGCUCUUUGGCUCGCAAGUUGCAGCAGGAGGCCAAAAUUGCGAGUACUCAGCGAGUCCGGAUCGUGUAUCUGGGGCGGAUGCUGAAGGAGAGCGAUUCUUUGCUUGAACAGGGAUGGCAGGACGGCCAUGUCCUCAAUGCGCUGGUUGUUCCUCGUCGAUUUUGA